AUGUCUUUCAUUCCGGAAGAAUUCGAAACCAAUGUAAGUGACGGUGAACUAUAUUAUGAGGACAUAUACUUUGAUUCUGAUCUUGAUAACGAAACUGGUGAAGUUGAUAAGGAACAAAGCAAUUCGACAGAAGCAACAUAUUCAAUAAAAAAACAAAAAUUACGAAAAAAAUUAACAGAAGAUGAAUUAUUUUAUGACCCUAAAAUGGAUGAUGAUGAUGAAUUGUGGAUGAAAAAAAAAUUAGCUCAGCAUGACAUCGAGACAACUGACCAAACAACAAAAGAAACCAUAAACCAAAUAGCAGCAAAAGAAACAGAUGCGAUAUUAUCAUGUCCCAUGUGUUUUACUGUUUUAAGUUAUCAUACUCAAAAACAUAGCCUUUAUUCAACACAAUAUCGAGCAAUUUUUGUAGAAAAUUGUAAAGUCAAUCGGUCGGAACGAUUAAUUUAUACCGAUAAAGAAAAUCUUAAAGCGCAUAAUAAAAAUAAAAAUAAAAGAUUAUCAGAUAAGCAAAAACAACGACCUAACUCUACAGAUGAAAAUACACUUGAGAAGUCCACAGCAAAGGGGGAAAUUUAUUAUCCUGUAGAGUGCGAAAUUUGUGGAACUAAAGUGGCUGUAAUGAAUGACGAGGAAGUAUUUCAUUUUUUUAAUGUUAUUCCAUCAUGA